AUGGACCACCUCACGGGUCGUACUGGCACUUGUGGGAGCCAGGCAGAGUCUACCAGGCUAAUACGCCAGACCACAGGACCCUUCCUGGGUCAUGGUCCUAACGACGAACCAUGGUGGUGCCCGUGGAAGUCAUCCCAGAAAUCAGCAUCUAUUAGACCAAGGACCAUGACUGGAUGCUCUGAAUUAUCUGUUUUCUCUUUUAACAGAUAUGAUGCGGAAUCUGUCUUUUUCGAAGAAAACGUGAGAAGUUCAAAACGUCAACAAUUUAUAUCGAAAGCUUUGCAGUUGGUCCAUCCGGCUUUUAUUUCACAGUUGGGGCAUCUACGUGUUAAAUCACUUCAAACAUUUAAGACUCAGGUGGAACAAUUAUUACGUAGAGGAGAAGCAUUUGCGGCAUCUGUUCGUACAUGCUCUGAGUCUUGUAUCACUGCAUUUGAUAAGGGAUGUUCAGAUGCUGCCAUAAGACAUGCUAAUUGGGAUGCUUCAAAAGUUCGUGACAAACUCCGUCGUGAUAUUGAGUCCCAUGUGUCCUCUGUUCGUAAUGAUAAGUUAUCAGAACUGAUGGCCACUUAUGAGAAACAAAUCACAGCUGCACUUGCUGAACCUGUAGAAUCCCUUUUUGAGGUUGGUGGGAGUGAAACAUGGGCCUCAAUAAGAAAGCUUCUAAAACACGAGACUGAUGUGGCAAUAUCAUGCUUCUCCCCAGCUCUUUCCGGCUUUGAAUUGGACCAGGAUGCAUUUGACAGAAAGAUGCAAAAUCUGAAGGACUACGCUAGAAGUGUUGUGGAGAAGAAAGCAAGAGAAGAAGCUGGAAAAGUUUUGAUGCGAAUGAAGGAUAGGUUUAAUACUGUGUUCAGCCAUGAUAGCGAUUCAAUCCCAAGGCUUUGGACAGGGAAGGAGGACAUUAAAUCAAUAACAUUGGAGGCCCGCUCUGAGUCUCUGAAGCUUUUGUCUAUAGUGGCUGCCAUACGGUUGGAUGAAAAAUCAGACAGAAUAGAAAGCAUACUUUUCUCUAGACUCUUGGAAGGGAAGAUUUCAAUUUCUUCUCGGAAUAGUGAUAUUGCAGAUUCUUGUGACCCCCUAGCCUCAAGCUCGUGGGAAGAGGUUUCACCAGAGAACACAUUGCUCACACCAGUGCAGUGUUUAUCUUUGUGGAGACAAUUCAUUGCAGAAACAGAGUAUACGGUUAGUCAAGCUAUUUCAGCACAGGAAGCAUACAGGCAAAGCAAUAAUUGGUUACCUCCUGCCUGGGCUAUAGUCACUAUGAUUAUACUUGGUUUCAACGAAUUCAUGCUUCUUUUAAGAAAUCCGCUCUACCUCUUCAUUCUUUUUGUUGUAUAUUUAUUUGGGAAAGCUCUGUGGAUACAGAUGGACAUUCCUGGGGAGUUCCGGAAUGGCACUGUGAGUACAAUAAUUGUUCCUUAUUAUCAUUUAUGGUUUCACCGUUUUCUUGAGCAUAAGAUGGGUUGUUUGAACCAACUGUUUCCUUAUCUGAGCAUCUGCUGUCUCUGUUUCCCUCCAUGAAUAACAAAAGAUUUGAC